CAACCUGACCGCACGUAAACACUCCUGCGCUGCGCUCGCUGCUUUCCCACGAUGCAGCGCGGUUGCACACAACAUAGCCAUCUUGUCAAGGGAGAAGGAGGGAGCUGUCGGCGGUUACUUGUUUUAUACGGAACGUUUUGGGGCUCCGUUUGUUUUUCAGCGGUAAAAAGCUUCGAAGCGAAGCUGUUUUCGACGGACGUCCUGACGGCCGUGGAGUAGCUGAGACGUGGGUGGGCUUUCCGCGGAGAUGUCUCGCACACUUGUACCGACGUAGAGGGGGGAGUGUGCCGCUGCAGCCACUCGGCUCGAAUUGUUAGCUAGCUCACAGAGUGAAGGGCCUCCUUAGCUCAAAGUAGCUGCUACAGCUGGACAACACACGGCCGGCCGACAAGUGGACAGCCGAGGAAGAAGCAGUCCGGUCCGGACUGACUCUCUGUUUCCUAGCAGCCGUCAUCCAGACAGCUUUUAUCGGUGUCAGGACCCGCGCUGCUGGACGAGGGAGGCAAGAAGUGUGGCGUUCGGGCUUCAUGAAACGCAACAGGAGACAGAGAGGAAGAGGAUGGCGCAGAUUCAUCUUGAUUACAGCUAAGUAGGAGGAAGAGGAAAACAGACCCAAGUGUGCUCUUAAAUAUGAUCUAAGCUUUGUGGGACAUUAGUCGGAAAGAUUCCCUUUGACCGAGCAGAAAAUAAACAAACCAAAACACAGCCGCACGGGAUCAGACUGGCCAAACAUGUCGAAGAUGCCGGCCAAGAAGAAGAGCUGCUUUCAGAUCACAAGCGUGACACAAGCCCACCAGGGUCCUGGGGGGCCCACGGACGACACCGAGAGUCUAGACGAUCCGGACGAGUCGCGAACCGAAGAGCCGUCGGAGAUCUACGAGGCAUCUCGGGCUGAGUACGAGUCCGCGGGUGAGAGGAGGUCCUCGGUUGAAGCCCUGAAUAACGCCGGGGAGGCGGAGGCGCAUUUGAAUGCACCUCAGGCCUCUCAGCAGUCCGGAGAGGAGUUGAGAAAAGUUGGAUCCGUUCAUGGAGGUCAGCAGCAGCAGCAGCAACAGCCCUCUGCUCCAGCCAACACAGGGAGCUGCACAUCACGCUUCAGGGUCAUUAAACUGGAUCAUGGUACUGGAGAGCCUUUUAGAAGAGGGAGGUGGACAUGUACCGAGUUCUACGAGAAGGACUCGGAGACCUCUCACCAUGCUCGGACUGACAGUUUGAGACACAGCAGUGUGACUCUGGAUCCUGUUGGGGAGAGGGACAGUGGGCUUGGACCCUCAGUGGGGUCAACGGCCACACACUGUGGUCCUGGUUUAGGGUCUGCAGCAGAAGGAUCCCACUCUUCAGUACCGCAGCAGCAUGUCAGUGGCGUUCCGGCCACUCACAGUUCUUUCUCCAGCGUAAAACCAGGAGCUGUCCCUCCUCAGUCAUCCAUGGGGGGUCUCCAGCCUCAUCCCGCUCAGAACGUGCUUCCUGUUGGACAGAACGACCUGCUCCACUCCGAUUUCCUCCUGCAGAAGUCCCCGACGAUGCCACCUUCUUACCCGCCACAGCAGCCGGUUCCUGGGGUCCAUCCCGCCGGCAGCCAGGCGGAGUUUUAUCAGCAGCCUGCGUCCGUUCCCCCUGGACAGUCUCUUCCGGUGGUCGGACAGUUCCCCGCUGCGGUUCUGCCUUCAGCUUCUUCAGGGAGUCAGGUUGGAGACGUUAGACCAGCAGCUCCUCAGGCUGCGGAGUUCAGAGCUCCCAUGUUGGUGGGUGGAUCGACCCCGCCGUCACAACAACAGAACACAGUUCAGUACCCCCUGGCCGGACAGCCUCACCCCACAUCUGCUGGCGUGCUAAACGUGCCUGCAGUGAACGCGGGUUCAAGCGCGCCCACCAGUGCGCCCAGUGCCUCUACUGCAACCGUGCCAAAUGCGACAGCCUCCAGUUUGCCUCCUGGUCUAAUAGCAACCAGUAAGACUCCAGGCGCCUUAGGCCCUACAAGCGGAGUGCUGGAGGCAGGUGGAGGAAGGAAGUCAGAGGGAGGAGUCAUUCCACAAUCUCCAGUCAUACCUGGGAGGAAAGCUGGGAAGCCCCUCAUGCCGAAGGACCUGCAGCUCACCUCUCCUGUCACCUCUCCUCUCCUGUUUGAAAUCCCCAUACCUGUGGACGGGGAUGAGGACAGGAACCCCUCCAUGGCUUUCUACCAGGCCUUCCAGUCUGGAAGCAGAUUAAGAGACUCAAAGGCUCACAGUGAUAGUGCCUCUGGAGCCAACAUCGUUGCCAUCGAUAAUAAAAUUGAACAAGCAAUGGACCUGGUGAAAAGCCAUCUGAUGUAUGCCGUGCGGGAGGAGGUGGAGGUCCUGAAGGAGCAGAUCAAGGAGCUGUUUGAGAGGAACUCUGUGCUGGAGCGGGAAAACGCCGUGCUGAAGUCUCUGGCCAACAGCGAGCAGCUGUCUCAGUUGUUGGCUCAGACGGGCGCCGCCGCCGCCGCUGCUGCUGCUGCGACUGCCGCCACCCCUGGGUCCGCCUCCAGCUUGCCGCAGAUCCAUCCCAUACCCCAGCAGCUCCAGACUCAGAUCGACGCUAGUCAGCAACCGCAACCCAACGUCACCUCGGCUUGAAGAGGGUCUGCCCUGCUUUCACAGGGCAGAGAUAAAGAGCAUCUUCUUGUACAACUUAACAUAAUUAGCAUAUGUGAAAUUAAACUGUCCUUUAGCCACCAGCUUGACCACAGAGUACAGUGCUUGUGUGUGUGUGUGUGAGUGUGUGUGUGUGUGUGCGUUAGCAAGCGAGACUGAAGCGGUUGGGGAAUGUAUGCGUGCGUCUGUACUGUGGGCCUUUUCCAGUGUUAAUGCAAUCAUCGAAUGAGACAGAGGGGCUUACAGGAAGUGAAUGGAGGAGGGGGGGGGGGGGGUCAGGCAGGCUGUGGGGGGGUCAUUCCAAAGCAGAACCACCAGAACUCCCAACCUGACCGGAAACCUUCUGGAAUUUGAGGGAAUGGAGGAGGUUCACAGCAUAGAGAUGGACAGGAAGUAGAAAAAAGUGAUUAUUUUUUUAAAUGAGACGAAGUCUGGGGGGGGAUGGGGGGGUAGACGGGUCAUUUUUGCCUGGCUGCUUCAUUUAUUUGGGGGGGGGGGACUGGGAGAGUCUUUAUUUAGUUUUUUUUUGUUGUUUUUUUUCUCCGAGCGCCACACUGCUGCCGUUCACCUUCCCGCAUCAAGUCCGACUCUCGCCUCAGUCCCUCUGAUGUUCUACUGUCAUGAGUGUUUUAUUUAUUACAGGGCUGCUAUUUCCACAAAUGAACAAUUUCACACCAAUCUAAAAACACCGAACCCCGUUUGGCUCAUUUCUUCUUUUCUUUUUCUUUUUUUACAGUGUUUUAACAGCUGCCCUCUGUGAAGACGAGAAAUCAAAUUCUGACACGUUUAACACUAAGAUAUUCCGCUGCGAUCGGCGAUUUCUAGCUUGAGCUCCAUAGAAUGUACAUUUUCUGUAUAGUAUAAAGUAUUAUUGGACGGGCGACGGCACCCGUCUGCAUCCCAUGUUAAUGGAGGCCGGCAAAGGUUGAAGAAAAAAAAAACAUAUUUGAUCCUAAAGUGAAUUUAAGAGUAUUACUGCCCCCUCCCCCCAACUCUGGAUUACCUGUAGGGGGUGGGGCAACGGAGGGAGAAAAAGCUGUGAAAUCAUCCAUCAUACUUCAACGUACGUCAACCAAAGAUUAAAAGCUGUGUGAAUCCAUUCUUUUCCUCUUUAAGUUUUGUUACUUCCUCCUUCACAGAAAUAGUUUUGUUGCUGUUCAGCAUGUUCUGCAUGAUCUGUAACCUUCAAACCACUUUCUUACCUCAUUUUUAUUCAGCACUCUUUAUUGUAAGAUAGUCUGAACAGUGUAAAUGGAGGGGGGAGCAGGCAGGCCAUGGUGAGGGGGUGGGGUGGGGUAGGGGUGAGCAGCGAGUUGAAAAUAAAAGCUAGUGUUUGCCGACACUGGUCGCGAGAAAAAAAAAAUGAAGUGAGCCAUGUUUUGUUCGUUUUAAAUGGUGUUUGAAUUUCAUAUGCCAAUAGUUUUGUUACUUUGCAAAUUUUAUUGUAUUUAAAUAAAAGCAAUAUUCAGAUUCAAA